AUGACAAGGAAGGUUGUUUUCGGUUAUAAAUACAAUGCAGAGCGUGUGAAACAAAAGGGUGAAGUACGUAGCAAGAUUUACUUUGAUAUGUACAAGGAUAAACACCCUCUAUAUGUGAUACAUCGAUUCUUGCACGAAAACGAUCCAGACAACACCAACUUUAAAUAUGACCGGGAACUCGCUACCAAACCGCCAUGUACACGAAAUAUAUUCAAACAUUACAAAAAGGAUAACAAACUGAGGUUUUUCUGGUAUGCGUCAGGCAAAAAGAUGCCAAAUGGCCCUUGUAGCCGUUAUAUCAAUUAUGCACGCUCUUUCAACGAAUUUCGAUUCAGCAAACUAGAAAGCUUCUACCAUAUACUGCCAUAUGUACAUCAACACUACAAAGCUGACCCAAGAUACAUAUACUUUAUGAACAGGUUCUUGGCAUAUCACGGGCGUGUUGCGGAAGCUAAGCGGGAGCUUGCAAAGAAGGCGGCUGAACAAGGACUUGACAAACCGGAAGAGUACCGAAGACGCUUGUCAUGGAAAGAAAUAAAGGAACUGCAACGACGAGAGGAGGCUGAGCUAUACGAGAAACACGGGAUCAAGGAACAUAUCGUUGUAAAUAUGGGCGGCGGGAAAAGCUUCGUUGUCAAACCCGAUGGAUUCAAAGUACACGGAGAGUACUACUCACGAAUUGACAAGGCAGAACGUAAAUCGCCAUAUGAUGUUUAUACUCCGUACUACCGAACCGCUAACUCGUCUAAGAGAAGGAGGUUCCGUGAGAGGGGACGACCGCUGGAUCCCGCGGAAAGAUGCAAAACACGGCGAGAACGGCUCCUUAAACGUAAGGCGGAACGUGAAGCUACGUAUGGGCCGAAGGCUUAUGCUAAACAGUUUUUAAAGAAAAAGAAGUCGUUCAAAGUACUUCCGCCUCCUGGAUGGGUUCCAGAAGAGUGCCUAGGCAUGAUAGACGAUGACAAUGUGUCAAGUGAUGUAACAGCAGAAACCACAUGA